AUUCCGAAAUCCCUUUCUUAUCCCUAAACCUAGAGCCAAACCCAAGGUUAGGUCUUUCUUUUUGGCUCUACAAAAUCCCUAUUUUGAGCAUCUUCUUCACUCAAGCACGACUCAGUCUCACUCUCAUCACUCUCUCUCUCUCUGUUCAUUCAAAACCCCUCAAAACCAAAAGCCCUUGAUUCGACCUCAACCACCGCCACCACCCUAAUCCGGUGGGGCUCCCAAUCGAUCAACCCAAUCCACUCCAAAAAUAAAACCCUCUCUUUCAUAGCACGAUAAUGGCGGCCUCCGAUGUCUCUGACGGACCCGUCCUUAGUCUCAUCAACAAGCGCCUCAGAGCCCUUCGUAAGAAACUCAAUCGCAUCGUCCAGUUGGAGGAGGGCAUCGCCCAAGGUAAACCCAUUGUCAAAGAGCAAGAGGAAGUCCUCCGCUCCAAGCCUGUUGUCUCCGCGCUCAUCGAUGAGCUCGAAAAGCUUCGUCAACCCCUUUCCGCUGCCGUCGACGAGGAGAUUAACCUCGCUGUACAAAACCACCAGCAGGUCCUACCCUCCUCCCAGCCUAUAUCCUCAUCCUCCGAUGGUUCCCCAGAUAAAGAUCAUCAGAACGAAAACCAGACCAACGGAACGUCUUCAGAGCCUGUUAUUAGCCGAGAACAGGAUCAGAAAGAAACUGUGGUGGAGGACCUUCUCAAUAUACUCUAUUUUGGGUCUCUUUUUGAUGUUAAAUCUCAGAGUGACUUCACUUCAACCAUGCUUACCAGGACCCACGAGCGCGGUUGUUGCUUGACUUAUGAUUAUGUCACUGACGAUGCUACUGAUCUGCUUGGCGAGAGAGAUUUGGACCUGAUUUCCAAACUCGGUGGGCUUUUGAUCUCUCGCCCCGUCGAUUCGAGUUUGUCCCACAAGAAUGCUCUGCAGCGUUGCCUUGAGCACGCCAAGCUUUGGUUGACCAAGUCGGACCAGCUCAUUGAGCCCAGUGCUAAUAUUACCUAUGCGGAGUUGAGGGAGAGGCUGAGCAAGAUUAUGGCUUCAGACUACUUGACCACUACGCCUGAGAUGAAAGCUCCCGUAGAAGUUGCUGCAGGAAAUUAUGCCUCCUUUCAGGUGCCUGUUCAGGAUUCCAUCUCAUCGAUCCCGGUGGAAGCAUCGGUUUCGCAGUUCCAACAGGAAGAAGGCACAUCAGAAUUUCAAGAGCAUGAAAUGGGUGAUCAUCAUCCAAGUCAUGUAGAUGAAUUUCAUAAGGAUGAUGAACAGGAGAUAGGUAAUUCUGAAGAGAUCCCCAUUGAACGUGAACAAAACAUAGCAGAGACAGAAGUAGAAUACAGUCAGAGAGACUUCGAAUUGAAAGAGCAACAGAAUGUACAGCGCAGGCCCUAUCAGAACCAAAGGGGAGGUCGCGGAGGUGGUGGUGGGGGUGGCCGCAGAGGUUACCCAAACAGCCGUGGAGCUCGGGGCAGCAGUAGAGGUGGGGGACCCUACCAAAACGGUAGAGGCGGAGGACCCUACCAAAAUGGUAGAAACCAGUAUUAUGAGCAGCAGCAGCCCGGAGGUUAUUAUCCCAGGAAUUACUAUAAUAAUAGAGGUGGAAGGGGUGGAAGAGGAGGUGGGCCAUCUUACAACAAUCAUGGCUCAGUGGUUGAAGGCGGUAGUGUUGGGGUUGGGUCAUGAUGUUAAUAGAAUUUGUUGAUAGGGACCAUUUUUAGUAGCAUCUUUUUGUGUUGGUACUUGGUGAAUCUUUUGUUUCUUUACCUUUGAAAGAUGAUCUGAAUGCGGGGUUGCCUAUAAUGAACUCACCAUCCAGGUCUCUUUGUAGUUGGGAUAAAUUAAGGAUUUCAAUAAGAAACGGUGCAAAAUGAAAUAGAUUUUUGAUGUUUCUUUCUGGUCCUAUUCUUUUGCUCUUUUAAUAUAUGUUUUAGCUUGGUUUGUUCAUAAGAAGAACCGAUACAUUUAAUAUAUAUAUUUGGUUUAUAUGUUA